GGGCCGAGGAACAGGCAUAAAACAUUAACUUUAUGUUCGCAGGCUGAGGCAGUGUGCUAGGAAACAUGAGAAGGGUGACAUAUUCAGAUUCCGGGGAAUGGAAUCUCAUGCCGCUGAAUAAAGCGGAGAGGCGACCGCGGUUCGUGUGGUUUCAGCUCAGGAUUUUAGAACGGGAACAUGUGAGCAGGGAAUGGGCAACUGGAAGCAGGAUUAUACACAACAUAGAGACGCGGGAGUGGCGCUGAACAGGAAGGACACCAGUAUAUAGUGGCAGCUUUGAUAAACUCCAACUCCUCGAGACACUUUUACGCAGAGAUAACGCGGAGGAAUACAGAACCAAAAAUGAACACAAUCGUGUUUAACAAACUGAGCAGCCAGGUCCUGUUUGAGGAGAAGGCGAAGGAGGUGGAAAGGAGCAGCAGAAAUUAUCUAGAGGUGAUCGACGGACAGCACUCAGAUCUUCUCUCAAGCAAUCAAGCAAUCAAGGACAACAACGCCAUCAGACACAGGAGACCAGGGGGCCGUCCAAACGGCGGUAAAGUGCGACACAAGCGUCAGGCACUACAGGACAUGGCGCGACCCUUGAAGCAGUGGCUUUACAAGCACAGAGACAACCCGUAUCCGACAAAGACGGAGAAAAUACUGCUAGCUCUGGGGUCUCAAAUGACCUUGGUCCAGGUUUCUAACUGGUUUGCUAAUGCCAGGCGGCGUCUGAAGAACACAGUGCGCCAGCCAGACCUGAGCUGGGCGCUGAGGAUCAAGCUGUACAACAAGUGUCAGGGCAACGCCGAGAGACUCAGCGUCAGCAGCGACGAAACAUGCUCAGAAGACGGGGACAACCCGCCUCGGACACAGACGGGCGCCAGCGAAUUCAGCAAGCCCAUGUACCAGAGCGUCAUCAAAAAGGAGGGCUCGGGCAUGGGGAUUGGCCCGGGCCCUGCGAGGCGCGAGGCGUCAUUGGCCGAGGACUACGUGUCUCCGCCCAAAUACAAGAGCAGCCUGCUGCACCGGUACCUCAACGACUCGCUGCGUCACGUGAUGGUGGCCAACGCCGUCAUGGACGCCAGGAAGAGGAACCUCGGCUCGUUCAGCUCCAACGAGUACGACGACGAGCUGCUCUCGCCCUCGUCCUCGGAGGCCGAGGCCAACUUUGUCUACCGGGCUGGUGAGGAUCCAUGUUUCCCACAUUCUUUCUCCGAGGCUCGCCGGCAGCCUCUCUCUCUCUCUCUCUCUCUCUCUCUCCCCCUCUCUCUCUCUCUUCUCUCUCUCUCUCUCUCUCUCUGUCUCUUUCUUUUGUCCCCAUCUGCACCGACAACUGUGGAGUUUCCUGGAAACCCAGCUCCGAGAGCAGACGAGACCACAGCAGCUUGUUGGAAGAAGAAAGUUCCAGUAUGUCGCUCUGGAAUGCUCAAGAUGUCAAGCGAAAACUCCUCUGCACCCAACAGAGACUUUUCCAACACGGCCCUGGUUGUGUAG